UACCAGCAGAAGGCACAGGUUGUGGAAAAACUUAAAUGAUUUGACUCUUGAUGUUCUCACAUCUGGGCUGACACACAAUCCUCCCAUAGUUUAUAAAAAUGCAGGAAUUCUCCAUCGGUACCAAAUAAGGAUAAGCGCUGCCCUGAGGCGCGGAGACGUCUGGCAAGAAACAGGAAUAACAAACAACAGUCUACGCCUUCACGUCAAAUUACACAUUGCCGAGGCACGUGACUAUCUCUCUGUUCGUUUAUUGGUUAAUAGCGCCGAGAAUCCCGCCUACUUUAGCAAAACGUGCCAAACUUCUGUCGUUGCUAUGGAAAUCGCUCCUGAACGACAGCCAGCAUCCCACCAUGUGUUAACGAAGAGCGUGAUUGGUUAUAUGUCGUCCAAUCAGAUGGCGCUUUAUGCUUCUGUAUUUUGACAGCCAGCGUCCCCGUCUUCAGGAAGAGCGCGAUUGGCUAGUGAACUAGGGAUGCUGUCCAAUCAGCGCGUUGUGCAGAUGUAUGUUUUUUUUCUCCGUGCUAGAGGUUUGUCAACGCUGCUGUAUUGUGAUUGGCCUGCAGGCUAGACGCUAGCCAAUCAACGUAGAGGGCGGGAUACUAUAAAAACAAGUGCUAGCCGACCCGUCAGGUAGUUGCUCGGUGGUGAGUAGCUGUGUCAGGAGAUUUUGACAAGUAUGUCAGCCAACGCUCCGUCUGUGGGGAUCGACCUGGGCACCACGUAUUCCUGCGUGGGAGUGUUCCAGCACGGCAAGGUGGAGAUUAUCGCCAACGACCAGGGCAACCGCACCACCCCCAGCUAUGUCGCCUUCACAGACACCGAGCGCCUGAUAGGAGAUGCGGCCAAGAAUCAGGUGGCCAUGAACCCGACCAACACCAUCUUCGACGCCAAGCGACUGAUCGGCCGACGCUUCGACGAUCCCACCGUACAAUCUGAUAUGAAGCACUGGCCGUUCACUGUGGUGUGCGACGGCACCAAGCCCAAAGUCCAGGUGGAGUAUAAGGCGGAGAUGAAGUCGUUCUUCCCGGAGGAGAUCUCGUCCAUGGUGCUGAUCAAGAUGAGGGAGAUCGCCGAAGCUUAUCUAGGGAAGAAGGUGCCCAAUGCGGUCAUCACGGUCCCGGCUUACUUUAACGACUCGCAGCGACAGGCGACUAAGGACGCGGGCACCAUCGCGGGCAUCAAUGUGCUGCGGAUCAUCAACGAGCCCACUGCGGCCGCCAUCGCCUACGGGCUGGACAAGAAGGGCAGCGGGGAGCAGAACGUGCUGAUCUUCGAUCUGGGCGGCGGCACCUUCGAUGUGUCGGUGCUGACCAUAGACGACGGCAUCUUCGAGGUCAAGUCCACGGCCGGGGACACGCACCUGGGCGGCGAGGACUUUGACAACCGCAUGGUCAAUCACUUCGUGGAGGAGUUCAAGCGCAAGAACAAGCGGGACAUCAGCGGCAACAAGCGGGCUCUGCGGCGGCUCCGGACGGCCUGUGAGCGGGCCAAGCGCACCCUGUCCUCCAGCACCCAGGCCAGCAUCGAGAUCGAUUCCCUCUUCGAAGGCAUCGACUACUACACAUCGAUCACCCGCGCCCGAUUCGAGGAGCUGAACGCCGAUCUGUUCCGCAGCACCCUGGAGCCGGUGGAGAAGUCGCUGCGGGACGCCAAGCUGGACAAGUCCCAGAUCCGGGAGAUCGUGCUGGUCGGGGGAUCCACCCGCAUCCCCAAGAUCCAGAAGAUGCUGCAGGAUUUCUUCAAUGGCAAAGAGCUCAACAAGAGCAUCAACCCGGACGAGGCGGUGGCGUACGGGGCGGCUGUGCAGGCGGCCAUCCUGACCGGGGACAAGUCGGAGAACGUGCAGGACCUGCUGCUGCUGGAUGUCACCCCGCUGUCCCUGGGCAUCGAGACGGCCGGAGGGGUGAUGACCGCCCUCAUCAAGAGGAACACCACCAUCCCCACCAAGCAGACCCAGACCUUCACCACCUACUCAGACAAUCAGCCCAGUGUGCUGGUGCAGGUGUACGAGGGCGAGAGGGCCAUGACCAAGGACAACAACCUGCUGGGCAAGUUCGACCUGACGGGCAUCCCCCCUGCCCCCAGAGGAGUGCCACAGAUCGAGGUGACCUUUGACAUUGACGCCAAUGGCAUCCUGAAUGUGACAGCAGCUGACAAGAGUACUGGUAAAGAAAGCAAAAUUACAAUCACUAAUGAUAAAGGUCGGCUGACUAAAGAAGACAUUGACCGCAUGGUGAAUGAUGCUGAAAAGUAUAAGGAGGAAGAUGAAGCCAACCAACAGCGUGUAUUAGCCAAGAAUGGGCUAGAGUCCUACACCUACCAAAUCAAACAGACAGUCGAAGAUGAGAAGCUAAAGGGCAAGAUAAGUGACCAAGACAAAGAGAAGAUACUGUCCAAAUGCAAAGAGGUCGUUGAUUGGCUGGAGAAGAACCAGACAGGCGAAAAAGAAGAAUUUGAUCACAAGCAAAAAGAGCUUGAGAAGUUGUGGAACCCAAUCAUGAGCAAAGUGUACCAGGGUGGAGCUGGAGCUGGGCCUGGUGCCCCUGGUGGUGGUGCAGGAGGAGCGGCUGGGGGCCCCACUAUAGAAGAAGUAGAUUAGAUUUUUAUAUUUGGGGCUAUAGGUUACUUAUAGCUUUUUAAGUUGUAUUUUGUUAACUUUUCUCCUAAAGGAUUCAAGGUCCUACAUUUUAUUUGUAGCACUCAAUAGUGGGAAUUAAGAUUCUUAAAGGAAACUCCACCUAUAUGUAAUUUUCCACAGCACCGAUUAGUGUCAAUAAUGCCAGUACUCCAGGCACUAUGAUUGCUUUAUUACUAACACAUAAAAGAUGGCUUUGAUCUCUGGUAUUUCCGUGCAAAUUAUAGCGAGUGCAAAGGCAUUGCCACUAUUAAAACUAAUAAAAAAAAACUCUUAAGGAAAUUUCCAUAAAGGUGGAGAUUUCCUUUCAUUGUUAACUUUUUUACGUUACUGUUGCCAAAGUCGGUGCAUAGCUUUAAUGCUCAGGUUACUAAGAGGUUUUUCAUAAGUGUCAUGACAUGUGUACAUAUGGGAGGGAUUAUUAGUAAUGACAUGGUCAGUACAGUUUAUUACAAAUACUGUUGUUCUUCUCUAACUGGCCUUGUUUAAAAGAUAAAGGGGGUAUUCCGGCCUUACACAUCUUAUCCCCUAUCCAGUGAUGUCACAUCUCGGGAGCAGUGCCCAGGCACAGAAUGCCAGGGCUGCCCGGAGAUCGCAGGGGUCCCAGUGGUGGGACCACUGCGAUCAGAUAUCUUAUAUCAGAUAUCUUAUCCCC